UGCCACAAUUAUAUAUACCUUAUCACUUUCUCAAGUACUCACUGCACUUUUAAUCCUCUCUCUCUCUCUCUCUCUCUCUCUCUCAAAAGUAACCAUGAAGUCAAGAUUUCUUAGAGGGUGCCUUAAGAAGUGCAAGAAAAUGGGGGGUAGAGUCAUAUCUUGUGGUACUUGUGAGCACUGUUGUGAAUGGGCUUUGUGGUCCUCUACUUUGCAUGAAGGUUGCUCCAUUCCAAGUGAUGUUCCAAAGGGUCACUUGGUUGUGUACGUGGGAGAGAACCACAAGAGAUAUGUGAUCAAGAUCGCAUUGCUCCAUCACCCUCUCUUCAGGGCAUUGCUAGAUCAAGCUCAGGAAGAGUAUGAUUUCAUUGCAGACUCAAAACUCUGCAUUCCUUGUGAUGAACACCUCUUCCUCAAUGUCCUUCGAUGUGCAAGCUCCCCACAGAACCAACGAGUGUGUCUGUGUCUUUGAGGAAUCACUUUUAAUUUGCAACAUUCUUUAGUUUCCAUGCUGUUGAAAUUCUUAGUUCUAACUAUGCUGAUAUAUAUGUGUAGCCUUCCAUAUAUAUAUAUUAGUAUUAAUUAAUAUAUAAAUGUUGUAAGUAGAUUGAGGCAUAAUUGAUUAAGUGUCGUUUAGGUGAUGCGAUUCAUCAAUUCAAGAAGAGAGAGAAUUCAAGUCUGUUUGUUUUGUUGCUUUUAUUAUGAUCACAAGAUAUAGAGUUGGUACACUGAGCAAAGCAAAACCAGCUUUCAAACACGUUACUAAAAUAGUGCAGCAAAUUAUUGGCUUAAUAAUGAAUAGGUAUGGCACAUUUAAGA